AAUAAUUGUUAAUAUGUAGAUAUAAGACAGGUAGUCCCAGACAUGUUUCGAAAUGAUAGGUAUUGUGUCCCAAUUAAAUAAUAAAUAAUGUUUUCAUUUUUAAUUUCGUCUGGUUUGCAUUAAAUUAAGUGAAGUGAACAUGAGUAUUGAUGAUGCUUUCUUGAGAAUAAUGACUUUAAGUUCAGUUCUCUAACUGUAAUACGUGAAAGAUUAAAGAUAACAAAUACAGAUAUCGGAAAAUAUCUGCAAAAUGUGGAACGAUACAACUUGGUCGUUUGAAAUGCUCACCGAAUUCAGUAAACAUUUCUUGAGCCAAGGAGGUCUGUGUUCACAUAAUUGGUUUUACAAUUAUCACAGCAAUUUAUCGAAACGCAACUUUGGGCUACUUAAACUGGCAAAAUGCUUAAACAAACCGACAAAUAUAAAGAUAAUGCUCAAUAUAGUGAAGAGAUAUCUCGGAAAUAUGAUUGAAGUGACCCGUACCUGCUUGCAACGGAGUCGAGGCGAGGAGUCGCAAUUGCGCGCGCAGCUCGACGAGCUGCCGCAGCCGAUGCGCGCCGUGAUCCUCAAGCUAGAGCUCGUUAACAUCGUGGAUGCGAUGGAGAGCACCAACGUGCGCUUCCUGCCCUCCUUCUGUUCAAGCGCUGUGACCAAAAUAGUCAGGGACAUAGCGAAGUUCGCUCGCGCCAACAUAGCGGCUAAAACGAGUGCGGUGGGGGGAGGGGAGAACUACAAGAUGGCCAAGUACGUGCUCAGCGAGAUGGUGGUGAAGGAGGCGGCGGAGGAGAUGCACGUCUCGAUACAGACCGUGCACAGGGUCUGGAAAGCGGUGUACAUCCGCACAAUGAAGCGCCUGCUCGCCGGCCAGCCGCUGCUGCUUCCCGAGUGGCAAGUGGCCGAUGUGGCGAUCGUGUACGACCCCUCGCUGCGCGUCAUGUCGCAAUGCAACAUGGAGGACAUCUCCAAACUGCUGCAGCUGCUGCAGACUGCAAUAGCCCGGUUCCCGCGGCCGGCCGGUACCGUGGACGUGAUAUUCGCGAUCCCGGAUCCCGUGGGAUCCGCACCGCUGGAUACCGGAUCCGGAUGCGCAUCUGGUAGCACCGGUCUCCAAGGGUCCUUUGGGAAUGCUAACCCUGGAUGCGAAGUCGAUGGGAGCACGGACACCACGGAUACAUUACCCGGUAGCUCCGGGUCCGAGGGUGCGUGUCCCAAUGAGGGCUCUAUAGGGUCCGGGGAGGGCCCCAUUGGGUCCCACCAGUAUAGAGAUUGGCUUGCCCGCGUGUGGACGGCUGUGCACUUUGCUUAUUGCACCAGGGGUAACCUAGUCUCCCUGCCGCUGCUACAGCGCCGCUGGCACGAGGCCCGCUGGCUCGCGCGCGCCGCGCACACCUCGCCGGGCUCGCUCGACACGCUCAGCUCGCUCAGCUCGCUCAGCUCGCUCGCGCCUCUCGCUCAGCUCGUCACGGAGACAUUUCCCAACGCCGUAUUAACCCAGAACCUCCCUUGGCUCGAGCUGGUGAAAAACGACCUGGUCAUACUUUCGCCUUUGAAUUCUCCAGAUAUGGGUCUCGUUGAAGAUCUAGAAAACUAUGAUGACACGGUCUCCAUGGAAGGAAUUAUCGAUCAUCAUUCAUCCACGUCAAUCGUGGAUACCGAAGGAGAAGAUGAUGACUCUUCACAUAGAGAUAAUGAAAUCGGUGAUGAAAUUUUAGAGAAAUUCCAAUCGAUCGAUCCUAGUAACGCUAAAGUUAGUAUUAUAUUCGAGAGCGAUUCAGAUAACGAUACAGGUGAAUCGAAAUCUCUGGAACAAUCAGUAUUAAAUGAAUCUGGAAAUGCAAAUGAAGAAUACCAACCGAUAGCUAAAAAACCAAGAAUAGAUUUGCAAAGAGACGCCUCCAUAGACUUAAGGAUAAUUGAUGAAAAUGAUAUAGUUAAAAGUAAUGUAGUCAUAGACAAUAUCAUAUCUGAAGACGCAAGUCCGAUGAUGAAUAAUCUUAAUCAAUCCAAUAAGCAUUUGGAUGAUUCAGCAUCUGAUUCGGAUGAUGAUAGUCUCAUGAUUGACGAAUCAGUCAAUACUGACAGAUGUGGUAGUGAUGUCACACCGAGCAACGAGAGAAAACAAAAACUCUAUGUAGUACCAUUGGACAGUGUUUUAAAGAGUGUGUGUUAUAAGAAAAAUUAUGAUAAAUCGCACAGAUCUAAAUUCAAAGAGGAAUCGACUGAAGCUAAUAUUAAAAUCGUUAAAGACUUUUUAAAUAUAAUCGACAGCAAAGGCAUUGGGGUAACUGACGUGUUAUUAGACAAUUUAAACAAAAUUUUGAAUAUGAAAUACAAGAGUUUAACAGGAGAGCAUAGUAAAGAAGAUGGUGAUAAAAAUGAUGAUGGAGGUAGAGAAAAGGAGUGUCGUAAUGAUGGUUACACCAGUCCGAGUAGAGAAAUUGAUGAUGGGAUCAAUUUCAAUUGUGAUGAGACUCUAGAUCCUGCGCUAACAAUGGACACGAAAGUUUUAGUUUGCCGCUGCGACGACAUACCCGCGUGGCGCAAACAUUCUAGAAACGGCUCGAUCAAACUCGAUCGAUGUACGGUUAAAAAUCUAUUGCAAUACAACAAACCCGUGAGAAAUGAUAUACCCAAAACGACCGAACACCAAAACGAAUAUAGCAUUUCAGCGAAGAGAGACAACAAAGCGGCAGCUUCCGUUCAAAACUUGGAGAGGGAACAAAAUAUAUUUCUCGACAUGUUCACCCGACCGCUGAAUCAAGCGGAAAUCGCGGAAAGGCAAAAGAUAAUACAGCUGAAAUUGUCACAAGCGAAUUCUAGUCCGGACAGGGCGAAGUCGAACGCCAUACUGUUGGAGAUGUUGAGGAAACCGUUAUUUGUGCCUAAAUCUAAGAGUUUAUCUAAAGACAGUGCGAAAAAUGUACCAGCGGACAGUUCAAGUGUGGUAACAGAAGAUAUAUCACAGAGUAUAGAAGACGCAGUAGAAGUGUCAAGUGUGGACAAACAAACGCAGCGGGUUGCACAGGUUUGUGUUGAUGUAGAUAGAUUUACUGAACUGUCAAACUCACAUACACUCGUGAAAGAAAUUAAAAAGGAAUUAAAAUUACUCUCCCAAAUAUCGAACAAACUCAAAAAUGUCUCAGACAUUACAGAAAAGCGUAACACAGCGCACGACUCGUCGAAAUCAUCCAUCGAUGUGACUAAAGUUCAAGCUCAAAUUGGUAUAUUGUCAGCAAUGUCCAAAAAACUAAACGUCACCCAGGAGCAUAUUUCAAAGAUUAAAGAGGAGGUCGACGUUUUUACACGAAUUACAAAUAUAGAUUCAAGCAAACGACAGGAUAUAUUAGUUACUGAAAAUAUGAUAUUGGUUGAAAGUAAAUCACAGAACCACCCUUCGGCAAAAAUAACACAUACACUAAGCGAAGAUGAUGUAGAAUCUCAUAAACCAUCAAAUAUUUCAAAAGUAACAAAAGCGGAUAAUUCAUCAAACGCAGCGUCAACUAAAUCCAGAGAUAUCUCAAAAACUGAUGAAUUAAAAAGCUUAUUACAAGAAAAACAAAAUUUAGCUAAAGGAAGUAAUCAAGGACAUGACAAAUCGGUUGUUAUUUCAAACAUACCCAAAGACAUAUUAGAUAGCGUGGACACGCAAUGCGAGCAGGAAAAUAUAUCAGCUAAAAUGGCAAUCUUGAAGCAAAAGUACCAUUAUAGAAAUACAUUGCAUAAAUCCACAUCUACAUUGCUACAGACUGACAAUCAGCAAAGACAAUUACCAAAGGUAUCAGAAAAUGACACAAAAGACAAUACACUACGAAGUUUAUUGUUAAAAAAGUCAAAAAUGCCCGAAAGAAGUACGGACGUAAGCGACAAAUCGGUAGCAAAUGCAAAUAUACAAGGUUCCAUACAACAAUGCCUCUUAACGAAGAUAUUCAAUAAAUCCACGGACACGUUGCUGGAAAACGUAUAUAAACAUGGUGUGUCGCCGAGGAAACUAAAUAACACUGAGAUUAAGCCCGAGCCUGGGGUGUCGAGCGUGGAACCUAGUGUACAAGUGCCAGAAUUACAAUUGGAAAAAAAACUAGAUCCAAAAAUAGAAGUCCCAGAAUUACUACUGGAGGAAAGACAAUGUCCAGAAAUAGAAAUGUCACUUUUACAAUUGGAAGAAAAACUAGGUCCAAAAAUAGAAGUCCCAGAAUUACAACUGGAGGAAAGACAAUGUCCAGAAAUAGAAAUGCCACUUUUACAAUUGGAAGAAAAACUAGGUCCAAAAAUAGAAGUGCCAGAAAUGAAAAUAGAAGAUAGUUUUACAUACGAAACGACCAACGAAUUCGACUCGACUAUCGAGAUAGCGAAAAGUGACGACUUCCCGUGCGCAGCGGCCGCUGGAGCGCCGGCGGGCGGCGACGGACUGGACUCGGUGCCGCUGAGUCUUCUGCAAGUGUUGAAGAGGCACGGCGUCUGCGACGAGGUGCCGGCGAGCUUCUGGCGCGACGCUAGGAACGUCGCGCUGGCGCAGCGCUGUCGGCCGGCGCGCGUCGCGGUGCGCAGGUUCGCGCCCCGCCGGGCCAAGAAGGUGGAGUUGCCGUCCAUUGACAAGUUGAGGAAGAUGAACAAGACCAUGUUGGUCGCGCAGGUCGCUCCCACCGUGACGCGGCCAUUCAUCAAGCCUCAGACUACAUAUGCAGGCGCGACACGGGACCCGGGAACGGCUACUCGCUGCCGAUAUAGAACUAAAAAAUCGAAUUCAAUCGACACAUUAAUGUAUAAAAAUUGCAUUCAAGAACUUUACAGCGACGUGUUGCCGUUGCUGGCGUUUUCUGCCAAGAAAUUCUUAAAGAAAAACCAUAAUUCGAAGAAAGCGGCGUAUCGGAAAAGGCAGGGCGCCACAGAUCUAUGCGACGAAAUAGACACGCCUUUCGCGGACGAUUUCAAAGAGUGGGAGAGACAGAAGAGCAAGGUCCUUCGGUUUUUCGAACUGCCCAAUUUUAAGAAAAACACUAGUGAAGUUUUGAAUAAUUGUGAAGUUUUGAAAAAUGGCGCGAAAAACAAUGAAACAGACGUAGAUGUUGCAAAGAAAUCGGAACAAACGGUGAUCGUGUUAGAGUCGGAUGAUGAAAUUCCACCUGAGACAGGUGAUGAUAAAUUCGCUUGUGAUAAAACAAACCAAGGAAAUGAAAACAAACAAGAUAACGAUGAUAGAACAGAUGAAUCGAAAGUUCUAGUGGCGGUCAAAAAAGAAAUAAAAAGUGAAGUUAACGAUACAGCUGAAGAGGAAAAAGGCAAAGCUAAUGAACGAAACCCGACGCUCGCAGUAGAUGUCUCCGGUUGUAAGUCCUCCUGUUUCAUUCCCCCGCCGGACGCGUCCGUACCGGCGCACGCGUACCUGCGCGCCGCGCCCGACCGGGCCGCGCCCUUGUUCCGCCUCGACGGCUCCAAGCCGUUGUGGCUGUUAGACUCGCAGUACAUCAUAUUGACCACCUUACGGCUCCCUUGCGCGACGACCACCUAUCGGACUAGCAUAAGCGGUCCCAAUUUCGAAAGAUUCACCAAAUUAUCUUUUAUAUAUAAAUAUGAAGACAACGACGAUAAGACGAGAAAAGAUAAAGAUAAUGGUAAAGAUGGAAAUGGUGAUGAUGAUAAAGAUGAACAAGUGAUCGAUCUGACGGCAAGCGAUGACGAUAACGGCGAAACAAGUGGAAGUGUUUCAGCGGCGUGUUCGAGGAAGGUGAAGGUCAGAACUGUAUGUUCGGAUUGGAUUUUGAGAGCGCACGGGCUGGAUGGGGUCACGGUAUACAGCGUAAUUCACGAAAUGAAUACAUUCCAAAAGUUGUACGAAGCCAAACAGCGUCUGUACAUAUACUCGCUUAAGACAAACACGUUUACCCGACUCCGAAAUCGUAGAGAUAGAAGCAAUUCAUCUGUACCAUCCAGCACGUCAAACGUUAAUUCACAAAACCCUGAAGAACAUAUCGACCUAUCUUCUGCCACUACUCUCUUAAACCCUAAAUGCCCUAGCCCGGACACUAAUCUAACACCUGCUGUUGAAUCAUUUGAUACGAUUACAAAUUUAACACCUAGUAAUGCACCAGUUAAUAACAUACCUAUAUCAUUGUCUAGUACCCUAGCAUCUAAUGCACUUCCUUUUAUAUUAUCUGAUACUGCAUCAUCGAAUAUUCCUUUAUCAACAUUUUGCCCUAUUUCAUCUAAUUAUGCACAUAAUUCAACACCUAGUAUUACGCCAUUUGAUAAUGUUCCUAUUUCAAUGCCUAGUAUUGGAACAUCUAAUACACUUCCAUUUUCAUUGCCUAACACUGCCGCAUCAAAUAUUCCCUUUUCAUUAUCUAGCACUAUAUCGUCUAAUAUUAUACCAAUUCCAACAGCUAGCAUUACACCAUUUGAUAAUAUUCCUAUUCCAAUGCCUAACGCAUCUAAUACGCUACCUUUUUCAUUACCUGACCCAACACCAAAUAUUGCGUUGUCAUUAUCGGACGCUAUGACAUCUAAUAAUAUUUCCAUUUCAUUACCCAGCAUUGUAAUUCAACCUUCAACAUCUCUUGUUCCAUCUUUGCCAAUGCUUCCUUCUACCAUGUCAGUCUCAGCGAAUCCGGUUGUUUCAAAUCAAUUGAUUCCCGAUCCGGCAACAAAUACAAACUUUCGACCUAACUCAGCCUCGUGGUUAAUUCAACCGCAGUCCUCGGGAGCGGUUCUUAAUUUUCUUUUAACACCCGUGAAUGUUUCUAAUCACUACAGUUCGGAUGAAUUCGUUCAAAAUAGAAAUCUAUUGCAAAUUCAACAAAUGCAAGGAAAUCUUCCAGAUAGCCUACAUCCUGCGCCUGGAUUGCUAAUUUUAGGUGCUAAGGAUAAAAGUAUUAAGGCAACGGCAAAUAAUGACAUGUUGCCACAGUAUAUCCCUCAAAAUCUAUUUUUAGGACCACAGAUGACGGGAAAUGAAGAACCGUCCAGUUCAAUAAACAACGUUCCCGAGGUUAAUACAAAUAUUACGGCUAAAGUACAAAAUGUGGAUGAAAACAUAUCGACUUCACCAGAUAAAGAAAUGUUAAAUGAGAAAUCUGACGCAUCAGAAUAAAAUGACCGUUUAGAUGUUGGUGGAAACGCGUUGGACAAUAAAGAUUGUUCUGUUAACGAAGAAAUCAUGAGUGAAGACGCUACAGACAUUUCGAAUGAAAUCUAGAUGGAAGUCGAUUUAAUGCAAGACUUGUCCAAUCUUUCUUGAGGCAUUUGAAAUGUCUACACAGCGGUCAAGUAGCAUGAUUAUGUUCCAAAUUUAUGUUUAUGCUGUACAUUUUUAUUUAUUUAAAUACCAAAAUUCAUGCGUAAAAUUAAUUGUUAGGUUAGUAUUUAAUGUAUGAUAAUGAUAAAUGCACAUUUGACUGACUUAAUUUAAUAAUUUUCAAUUUUCUGAAAUGAUAGAAUAAUUUUGUAAAUAUAGAAUGUGACAAAAUGUGUGAUGAAUGCUAUGUGUAAUAAAUUUACAUUAGAAAU